GCUCUUUGCCCCCGAGCUGCACUCAGGCUCAAAGAUCUUAUCGCUAUAAGAUCUUUGCUCAGGCUCAGGCCGGAGCUCGGCAGCUCCAGUCCGUCUGCAGGGAGCCGAGAGCGCGGGCAUUGCCGGCCUGGCUGGAGCUCGCAGCGCCGCUCUUCAGCUUCACUGAGGUCCUAUGGGAAGGAAUUCUUGCUGGAUCCCAUGGCAGGGGAAAGUUUACUGGAAUGUUCGCACACAGUUCCAGCAAUCGUAAAGAUGAACCAGAAAAUCACCCAUUGUCGCUGUAAUGUAUGGGUGCUGAUAUUCAUCGUCAUCCUCCUUGGCUCAACCAGCAUUUGGCACAGCGGGGAUACUGUGAGACAGCUGACCAGCAGGGAGGCAGGGUCCCUGGAGCCAGAGGUACGCAUCGCCCUACCACAGAACAAGCAUGGUAGUGGAGACACCUGCCUCUCCAUCCCCGAACAGCACAGGUUUGAUUGCUACCCAGAGAGGGACCGAGUGGUCACUCGGAAGCUGUGUGAACAGCGUGGCUGCUGUUUUGCCCAGGACAUCAACGAUUCAAGUGGAAUGCCUUGGUGCUUCUACCCGCCAAACUUUCCAAGUUAUAUCCUGGGAAACCGGACACCUACAGAACUGGGCGAAGCGGGGGAGCUCACGCGAAAGAAUAAAACUUACUAUCCCCGGGAUAUUUUGAAGCUCCAACUGAACGUAAUGUUUGAGACUGAUCACAGACUUCACAUUAAGAUAAAUGAUUCCUCAAAUCCACGGUACGAGGUCCCCAUCGAGGUUCCCAGAGCAGCAAAGAAAGCCACGAGUCCAUUGUACACUGUGGAAUAUUCCGAGGAUCCGUUCGGGAUUGUCGUGAGGAGGAGAUCCACGGGGACAGUGCUGUUGAACACGACGGUUGCUCCUCUCUUCUUUGCUGACCAGUUCCUGCAGAUAUCGACCUCGUUGCCCUCAGCGUACCUCUACGGCCUUGGAGAACACCGGGCUGCUUUCCUGCACAGCGUCCAAUGGAACACCCUAACCUUCUGGGCACGAGACACCCCUCCUCAGGAGUCUAUUAACCUUUAUGGCGUCCACCCCUUUUACCUGUCGCUUGAGCCAGAUGGGAAGUCGCAUGGUGUUUUCCUUCUCAACAGCAACGCAAUGGAUGUGGCCCUGCAGCCCACUCCCGCCCUGACAUGGAGAACUAUUGGAGGCAUUCUUGACUUCUACAUCUUCAUGGGACCUGAUCCAAACUCAGUCAUCCAACAGUAUCUGGAGGUCAUUGGUUUGCCUUCGAUGGUAUCUGCUUGGGGUCUCGGAUUUCAUCUCUGCCGCUGGGGAUACGAAUCAAGUAACGCCACCUGGGAGGUGGUAAAACAAAUGAGGAAAGCAGGCAUGCCCCAGGAUGCUCAAUGGAAUGACAUUGAUUACAUGACCGGCUAUCGGGACUUUACCUUUGAUCCCAAGAAUUUUGCCAGCCUUCCUCAGCUAGUGGCAGAUCUUCACUCCCACGGACAACAAUACGUCAUGAUUCUGGACCCAGGGAUCAGCAGCAGCCAACCGCCAGGCUCCUACUGGCCAUAUGACGAGGGCCUGAAACAGGAAGUCUUCAUCACCGAUACAUCUGGAAGUCCUCUGAUCGGAAAGGUCUGGCCUGGAUUGACAGCAUUCCCGGACUUCACAAAUCCAGACACGCAUCAGUGGUGGUUUGAAAACCUGCUGCAGUUCCACAAGGCUGUGCCCUUUGAUGGGCUCUGGAUUGACAUGAACGAGCCUUCCAACUUUGUGGAAGGAUCAGAGAGCGGGUGUCCGUCCAAUGAGCUGGAAAAUCCCCCGUUUGUUCCGGGUGUGCUGGGCGGCCGCUUACGCAGUAAGACCAUUUGUGCCUCAGUUAAACAGAAGAUAUCAACGCACUACAACGUGCACAGCCUGUAUGGGCUGAUGGAGGCCAAGGCCUCAGCAAGUGCCUUGAUGAAAAUCCGCAAGAAGCGGCCAUUUGUCAUUUCCCGAUCAACGUUCCCAAGUCAAGGCAAGUAUUCGGGACAUUGGCUGGGAGACAACAGGAGCCAGUGGAAGGACAUGUACUUCUCUAUUCCAGGUAUCCUGAACUUCAAUAUGUUUGGAAUUCCUCUGGUGGGAGCAGACGUGUGUGGAUUUAGUGGCAGUACCACGGAAGAAAUGUGCCUGCGAUGGAUGCAGCUCGGUGCAUUCUACCCCUUCUCCCGAAACCACAACUCAAUAAAUGAAAAGGCUCAGGACCCAACAGCAUUCAGCGAAUCUGCUCAAGCUGCAAUGAAGCGUGCUCUCCUCACCCGCUACUCUCUGCUCCCAUUCCUCUACACACUCUUCCACCACUCACACAUCUGGGGAGAAACUGUUGCCAGAGCCCUUCUCUUUGAGUUUCCUGAAGAUAGGAAUACGUACUCCAUCGACAGGCAGUUCCUGUGGGGUCGAAGCCUUCUCAUUACACCAGUGUUAGAGCCAGGCGCCAGCUCUGUAACCGCAUACUUCCCCAGAGGGGUUUGGUACGAUUUUUACACUGGCUCGCCACUGGUUAGCACGGGAGAGUUUAUCAAACUACCGGCUCCUCUGGACACUAUCAACUUGCACCUUCGAGAGGGAGAGAUUAUUGUCACACAGGAACCUGCCACAACCACGUGGGUGAGUAGUGGCAACCCUCUUCACCUGCUCGUGGCUCUGUCUCAGAACACAUCAGCAAAGGGCUGCCUCUUCUGGGAUGAUGGCGAGAGUCUGGAUACAUACGAGAGAAACAAUUAUACUUACGUUGAAUUUACUACUGAUAAGAACCAGCUGACCUCCAAGUUGCUACAUGUGAAUGUGGAGGCUACCUAUAUCAAGGUGGACACCGUCAGUGUGUUUGGAGUCAACUUCCAGCCAUCGAAGGUCAUCGUAAAUGGAUCACCUGUUCCAUUUUCACACUCUUCAAACCAGGUUCUGAUUGUCGAUAAGCUCCAACUACCUCUUGAGAAAGAGUUCUACAUCUCCUGGUGGUAAUUUCAGCAUGCUGAGUUUGCACUGAUGAUUCGUAAUGCUUUUAUAAAGCAAUCUCCUUUCUGCUACACGCCAUUACCAAUGGAGACCUAUCUGCAAAUAUCCCACAAACCUGCCAGCACCUGUGGAAUGAACACCUGGAUGAAUCCUUGGCAAAGCAUCUUGACUUGAAUGGUAAAAGGCACCCCAAAGCACUUUACAGUGAACAAGCCUUGCUUUCAAUGGUUGCGCGUACAGCAUGGCCUGUCCUAUAUAACUUUUGCUCUUUUUAUUUCCGAUUUCACUGUCUGCCUAGAAGUUAAAUUUCAAGUUGAAUGGGUGCUGAGUGUAGUGUUGAGUCUAAUCGGAGGAUGCCAAAGAAGUUGGGGAAAAUUGCCUUUAAGAAAAAUGCGUGGACUGUUUCUGCCCAAUCAUCACAUUAAAUUGCAGCUUAUACAUUUCCCAAUUGCAGCUGCCCAUAGAGAUCACUGCUCCUACCUCAUGCCAAUGGUAAUCAUGGGAAGUGAGUCACAGUUUAAGGAACUCCUUGUACGGCAGCCAAGGCAAUUGCAGAGAAAGUUGCCAUGAAGAUGAGGGGAAAAUGUAGUGGAGGGGGGGGAGGAAGUUUAUUCGUUGAGUUAUCCCUCAACCCCUCCCCCUUCCUUGAACUGGUUCCACGUUGCCAGUAAUUUUACAUCACUGUCGACCGCACUCCGCUGAGAUUGCAGAAUGCAAUGAAUAGCUGUGAAGAGCUGCAGUAAGCACCUUUAGACCCUGUCAUGACGUCAGCAAAACCUCAGUGUCCCAGUGGGAUCCCUGUAAUUCUGAUUUGUUGUGCAACUUGCAAGUUGUUUCACUAAAAGUUGCAACUGAUGCUGAAGGUCAUAGCUCACAUGGUAUUGGUGUAAUGUUUGUUGGCCAGGCUGCGCAUCAUGUGCAUUGACGUUAUCAUGCACGAGUGGUGCUGGAGAAACGUCAGUUGUGUUCAGGCCAGUCAGUCUGCAACGCUCAGUCCACUUGUACUCCACUGGAAAUGGUCGCAAUUGCAAAAAAAUGUGCACUGAAUUGAUUUAAGUGCAUUUGUGCAUUUUAAAAUAGGCUUUAGAUUUUCAGGUAGCUUUCCCUUUUUUUUUCAACUCUGCUCAGAUUCCUUAUUCGGUUUCUAUCCCUUGCACUCCAAAGAUUCGAAACCUUGCUGACUCGGUCAUGUACGAUAUUGCACAAAAUACCUCCGGUGGGAGCUGCCUUUAGUACAACUGGAGAAAAAAAAUGUUUGGUUCAUCACUUACCCAACUGCAAACUUACUUCUUGGCAAAAUAAAUCUCCUAGUGCAAUCACUGGAUCUGACGUGGAAAAUUCUUCACUGUGCAAAUCUGAUUUUAACGUGUGAUGUAAAAGAAUGAAUUUCUCAUGUCUAAUACGGCAGAUUCAUGUUUCUCAAUUAUAUGAAUUAAAAGUCUACCUGGCUAA